CAUCACAUUCUGGGCGACCCCCCCAGCUGUGACUCGCGUAGAAGUCGCUGCGGGUCAGCGCUGGGCUAUUCUACCGGAUUAUGUGUGUAAUAAGAGGGAGAAGGAUCAUAUAAUCAGCAGGUAUCUUUAUCUUUCUCAAUGGUACGCUUCCAAGUAAGGAGAUUUCAGCAAACUCGUAUCCAAAAAGGGAUUUUUUAAUACAUAAAAAGGUUAAAAAAAACACACUUCACAGGACAAAGAAUCCCGAUGGCUGAUAGAGCAAAAGCACGUGACACAACCGGCUGCAGUCAGGUGUUGGUGUGUUUAGAAGGACACAGGGGUCUGUACAAGGAGCGGAUCAUGGAGAAACAUCGGCCUCACACAUCGCUGGAUGGGGCCAGUAACAGGAACACCCCAGAGAGAUGUCCCCGUCUUUCUUCAGAGGAUGAUAUGGAGGAAAAUCCCGGUGUCCCAGAGGAUUAUAAGGAUCUAGAUCUGAUUGUUAUCAAAGUAGAAGAUGUAGAGGAGGAAGAGCUGUAUGACCAGCAGUGUAAGGAGGAGGAAAUCCCUAUAAAUAUUGUUACAGUCGAUGGAUGCUACAACGGGAAUACUUCCAGGAACAAUAAAGACAUGACACAAGACUCUCCAGGAGAAAACCCUCUUACCCCAAAUACAAAUCCAGAACGUCUGACUUCUCACAACCACUUGGACACUGUUCGCCCCAGUACGGCUCAAGCAAACAGUAAAACAUUUCCCUGCCCUGACUGUGAUAAAAGCUUUGCCCGUAAAAGCUGCCUUCUUCAGCAUCAGAAAACCCACAGAGGCAAUAAACCAUUUCCAUGUUCUGAGUGCGGGAAAUCGUUUACACAUAAAUCCUACCUCGUUGAACAUCUGAGGACACAUACGGGUGAGAAGCCAUUUUCGUGCACCGAGUGCGGGAAGUGUUUUGCGCAGAAGUCCAUUCUUGUUAAUCACCAGGUUAUCCACAGCUCCGAGAGGCCAUUUGUGUGCUCCAUCUGCGGCAAGUGCUUUGCGCACAAGUCCUAUCUCAUGAUUCACGUGAGGACUCACACAGGCGAGAAGCCUUUUCCCUGUUUUGAGUGCGACAAACGUUUUUCGCAGAAGUCGGCGCUGCGCAAGCACCAGAGAACCCACACGGGGGAGAAACCGUUCUCCUGUACAGAGUGCGGGAAGAGCUUCAUGCAGAAGAUCAUCCUCAUUAAUCACCAGAGAAUCCACACCGGCGAGAAGCCAUAUUCCUGCUCCAAGUGCGAGAAACGCUUUUCCUACAAGUCCAAUCUGAUUGACCACGAGCGCGUUCACACCGGCGAGAAGCCCUUUUCCUGUUCUGACUGUGGGAAACGUUUUACCCAGAAAUCCACGGCGGUCAAGCACCAGAAAACUCACGACGGAGUCAAAGCCUUUUCGUGCUCUGUCUGCGGCAAAUGUUUCUCUCAGAAAACGCAUCUCCUUAAACAUGACCGGACCCACGUAGAGAAGAAGCCGUUCCUGUGCUUCGAAUGUGGAGAUUGUUUUCCCAAUAAAGGAAGUCUUGCACAACAUCGGAAAACCCACGUACCUUUAUGCAAGUAACGGAAAAAGCGACUUUUGAUCCAAAGAGAAAAAGCUCAGGAAUCAUAUAGUAAUAUCUCCUCCUCUGACACAUGGACAGAGCUACUUUCUUUAUAUAUCAUGUAAGAGAUUUUCUUUGGAGCCCGGUUUGCUAUUAUUAUACUCCUUUAAGUUUUAUUACUUUAUGUGUUGUUGUUUAUAUACGACUUGCAUGCUGAGUUUUCCUGGUCAUUAAAUAUGUAUCUUCUAAAAUA